UCAAAAAACUGUUCAUACUAUGAACAUAGUAGAAUGGAGGUCGGGGAAGGAUGCCCCCAUCGUCUAGCGGUUUAGGACAUCUCUCUUUCAAGGAGGCAACGGGGAUUCGACUUCCCCUGGGGGUAGGGUACUACGAAAGGAAAUGGAUCAGGGAUUAUCAAUAAAGACUAAAUUGGAUUCUUCCUGGGUCGAUGCCCGAGCGGUUAAUGGGGACGGACUGUAAAUUCGUUGGCAAUAUGUCUACGCUGGUUCAAAUCCAGCUCGGCCCAAAAAUAUUUCUGGAUCCACCAUGAAAUGAUAGAACCCAUUUGGUGUUCUCUUAAAAUCACCAAUGGGUUCGGAUACAGAAGAUUAGAAUCUCGAGUCCUAUGUCUUUUUUCCAUAUUACUUACAUAUUUUUUCCACAAAUUCUGAUUUUCCAAAAUUCCUAUCGGGAUCUGUAAGUUUAAAGUCUAAGGAAAGGGUUAAAGUUAAAAAACAAAAAAGACUCUUUUUUGUUUUGUUUCCUUGAUUCAUUUCUUGAUUCAUUUAUUUUUAAAUAAAGUUGGCAAUAACGAACGGAUUGCGAUGCGAGUCAUCCGUGUCGAUAAAGUGCAGACCCAUCAAAAUAGGAAUAUAUAUAGAAGUGAGCCUCUUUUACAGGGGUUCGAAUCUCAAAUAGAAAAACAAAGAGUUUGGAUGCAAUUGUAAGAAUAUGUAUGUAUACUAUACGACUUUUUCCCUGGGAUUGUAGUUCAAUUGGUCAGAGCACCGCCCUGUCAAGGCGGAAGCUGCGGGUUCGAGUCCCGUCAGUCCCGAUGGAUACAAAUCCAAUCAAAAAAAUAAAAUAUCAAUGGAUUUCGUGUAUGAAAGGGAAUAAAAAUAAAAAUAAAAUAUCAUUUCUAACGGGUAUCCCCUUUUUUCUUUCUUUUUUAGUUUGUUUAAGGGAAAGGUUCGGACAAAGAAAGAAAAAGGACUUUUUGAUUGCAUCAUAAAGUCAUUUUCUUAUUUGGAUAUCAUCGAGAUCCUAUUUAUACCAUUGAAUUUAGUGACGAAAGAUUUUUCAUUUCUAUGGGAUUAAAUCCCGAAGUAUUUAUUAGAAAUUAAAGAGAAAGAAAACAUAGAGAUUAUGGAAGUAAAUAUUCUCGCAUUUAUAGCUACUGCACUCUUCAUUCUAGUUCCUACUGCCUUUUUACUUAUAAUUUAUGUAAAAACGGUAAGUCAAAGUGACUAAUUUUAGUGAAACAUGACUUCUUAUUUCUUAUCAAUGCAAUGAUUGAAGAAAAAAAUGAAAAAAGGAUUUGUAUUUCGGGUCUUUGUUUGAAUCUUUGUUUUAAAUAAAAUGAUCAGACUACAUAACAAAAAGGAUCUUCGACAACCCCCAAAAAAGUAUAUUUCUAUAUUUCCUAUCGAAUUGAAUUCUAGAAAUAUUCUUAUUUCCUUCAUAAAUUAUAUUAUUAGAAACCAAUUCAUCCUAUUCACAUUUUAAUUGAUCCUGAGUUUUUUUUUUUUUUUUUUAUUCUAAUUCUAAUAUUAUUGUCUAUAUUUUAUUCUCUAAUAGAGAAUAAAAUAUAGAGAGAAUCCAUUAUAUAUAUUGAAUAUUGAAUUUUUGAUAGUUUAUUGUCACCAUCAGUCAAAUAAAAGGGUCCGUUGAGCGCCUAACUGCUAUGUCAUAAUAGAUCCGAACACUUGCCCCGGAUUCACUUCCGGAUCCUAAUUGUUCUAGUGAAUAACUCAAGAAAAUAUAGAAUAGAUAGAUGGGAGAAAGAUAUUCAAUAUAAACAUUUCUCAUAAGUUCACUAAUUAUGUUUUAUGUUGGCGGGUCUCUUUGUAUGUGUUGUCCGGAAAGAGGAGGACUCAAUGAUUAUUCGUUCGCCGGAACCAAAAGUCCAAAUUUUGGCAGAUCCAGAAGUCAAAAUUUUGGUAGAUAGGGAUCCCAUAAAAACGUCUUUCGAGCAAUGGGCAAAACCUGGUCAUUUCUCAAGAACAAUAGCUAAGGGACCUGAUACUACUACUUGGAUCUGGAACCUACAUGCUGAUGCUCAUGAUUUCGAUAGCCAUACUAGUGAUUUAGAGGAGAUUUCCCGAAAAGUAUUUAGUGCUCAUUUCGGCCAACUCUCCAUUAUCUUUCUUUGGCUGAGUGGCAUGUAUUUCCAUGGUGCUCGUUUUUCCAAUUAUGAAGCAUGGCUAAAUGAUCCUACUCACAUUCGACCUAGUGCCCAAGUGGUUUGGCCAAUAGUAGGCCAAGAAAUAUUGAAUGGUGAUGUAGGGGGAGGUUUCCGCGGAAUACAAAUAACCUCUGGUUUUUUUCAGAUUUGGCGAGCAUCUGGAAUAACUAGUGAAUUACAACUCUAUUGUACUGCAAUCGGUGCGUUGGUCUUUGCAGCCUUAAUGCUUUUUGCUGGUUGGUUUCAUUAUCACAAAGCUGCUCCAAAAUUGGUUUGGUUUCAAGAUGUAGAAUCCAUGUUGAAUCACCAUUUGGCAGGUCUACUAGGACUUGGGUCUCUUUCUUGGGCGGGGCAUCAAGUACAUGUAUCUUUACCAAUUAACCAAUUUCUAAAUGCUGGAGUAGAUCCCAAAGAGAUCCCACUUCCUCAUGAAUUUAUCUUGAAUCGGGAUCUUUUGGCUCAACUUUAUCCAAGUUUUGCUGAGGGAGCAACCCCAUUUUUUACCUUGAAUUGGUCAAAAUACGCGGACUUUCUUACUUUUCGUGGAGGAUUAGACCCACUAACUGGUGGUCUAUGGCUGACUGAUAUUGCACAUCAUCAUUUAGCUAUUGCAAUUCUUUUUCUCAUUGCGGGUCAUAUGUAUAGAACUAACUGGGGUAUUGGUCAUGGUAUAAAAGAUAUUUUAGAAGCCCAUAAAGGUCCAUUUACAGGCCAGGGUCAUAAAGGUCUAUAUGAGAUCCUAACAACGUCAUGGCAUGCUCAAUUAUCUAUUAACCUAGCUAUGUUAGGCUCUUUGACCAUUAUUGUAGCUCACCAUAUGUAUGCUAUGCCUCCUUAUCCAUACCUAGCUACUGACUAUGGUACACAACUGUCAUUGUUCACACAUCACAUGUGGAUUGGGGGCUUUCUCAUAGUUGGUGCUGCUGCACAUGCAGCCAUUUUUAUGGUAAGAGACUAUGAUCCAACUACUCGGGAUAAUGAUAAUGAAGGUUUCUAUUCAAUUUAUUAG